AUGACCGUGAACAGGUACGAGAAACUGUCUCAGUACUUGCACUGUAAUCACGCGGCAGCGCGUAUUGGUCGAAACCAUCCUGAUUACCAUCCCAUCGCAAAAGUGGCUCCUGUAGUGGACAUGGCACGUGAGAAAUUCAAAAUGUACUACAAGCAUGAUCGUGACAUCUCCAUUGAUGAAGCUAUGAAGGGCUUCAAAGGAAGAACAGAGCUACGCAUGUACAUGCCCCAAAAGCCAGAGAAAUUUGGCAUAAAGUUUUGGGCAAGGUGUGAUGGCCGGACAGCUUACAUGUCUGACUUUAUAUUCAGGCAAGCGUGA